UGGAUGCCUGAUUCUAGCUGUAGAGAGUGUUAUGAUUGUGGAGAUAAGUUUACUACCUUCAGACGACGUCAUCAUUGCCGUGUGUGUGGUCAGAUAUUUUGUAGUAAAUGUUGUAAUCAAGAAUUACCUGGUAAAGCUAUAGGAUAUAAAGGUAUAUAG